CGUCACCGCGCACGGAAAGGGGCAAAGGUGAAAUCAGUGAUGAAGGUUCCGCCACCGUAGCAGCAGCUCCGCUCUCUGACUGUCGCACUUGUUUAUUUUCCUUUAACGGGGACGCUAUCAGAAGCCAGGCGAGCUGCACCACAGCCAAACUGGAAGAAGUCAUGGCACGUCUGGUAGCAGUUUGCAGGGAAGGGGAAGAGGAAUACCCGUUUCUCGCCAGACAGAUCCCCCUCUUCAUCGAUGACACUCUCACGAUGGUGAUGGAGUUUUCCGAUAGCGUCAUGGAUGUUGACAGCCAUGAAAUAAACGCGUCUCAUUGGAAACAAUUUUCUGAGUACCACUCCAAGUUGAAGCAACAGGACCUGAACAUCGCGCUGAUGGUGACAUCCAGAGAGGUCUACGGUGCAUUAUCUCAGCUGGUGCCAUGCGUGGGCUGCAGAAGAAGCGUGGAGCGCCUCUUCUCACACUUAGUCGAAUCAGGCAACCCGGCCCUGGAGCCGCUGACAGUGAAACCCACAGGAAUGCUCUCUGUCACCAAAUCCUGUUUAGCAGAUGCAAAGAAGCUCUACACCCUCUUCUACAUCCACGGGUCAAAGUUGAAUGACAUGAUCGAUGCCAUUCCAAAAAGUAAAAAGAACAAGCGCUGCCAGUUACACUCCUUGGACACACACAAACCUAAACCUUUGGGGGGAAGCUGGAUGGAUGUGUGGGAGCUGAUGUCUCAGGAGUGCAGGGAUGAGGUGGUCCUCAUCGAUAGUGCCUCUCUCUUGGAGACGCUGGAGACAUAUUUGCGCAAACACAGGUUUUGUACCGACUGUAAGAAUAAAGUUCUGAGGGCGUACAACAUCCUGGUGGGGGAGCUGGACUGCAGUAAAGAGAAGGGGUAUUGCGCUGCCUUGUAUGAGGGGCUAUGCUGCUGCCCCCACGAACGCCACAUCCACGUAUGCUGCGAGACCGACUUCAUCGCUCACCUCCUCGGCCGGGCAGAGCCUGAGUUUGCAGGAGGGUAUGAACGCAGAGAGAGGCAUGCCAAGACCAUUGACAUUGCACAAGAAGAAGUCCUCACCUGUCUGGGUAUUCACCUGUAUGAGCGGCUGCACAGAAUCUGGCAGAAGCUACGAGCCGAGGAGCAGACCUGGCAGAUAUUGUUCCACUUGGGAAUCGAUGCACUACGCAAAAGUUUUGAGAUGGCGGUGGAGAAGAUGCAGGGGAUCAGUCGGCUUGAGCAGUUCGUCGAGGAGCUGUCCGAGGAGGAGAGAGCCAAAGAGCUGAAGCAGGAGAAAAAGAGGCAAAAGCGAAAGAAUCGACGCAAAAACAAGUAUGAACAGGAGACGGAGGACAAGGAGAAACAUCUGGACGAGGGUUCUCUUGAGUCUGUCGAGGGUUCUUGCAAAGUCUGUGGUAGCCACGAUGAGGAGGAGGAGGAGGAAGAGGAGGAAGCCAGAUGUGACGAGAGCGUCGCCACCAAUGGAAGCACUUCCUGUAGCUGCCCAGACAACAUCAAACCGGAUUUGUCCCCCCACAGCAAUGGUAGUGACUGCGGCUACUCCUCAAGUAUCGAGGGCAGCGAGACGGGAUCGCGAGAAGGUUCUGAUAUUGCCUGCUCUGAGGGAAUAUGCAACCACGACGAAGCAGGAGACGACUCGAAUGCCCAUCACUGUGCUGAAGACAAGGAGGAGGAUGGAACAGACAGCUGCGUGGACUGCUGGCCGCACUCUGAAGAAAACAUUCAGUGCAAGAGUAAAAAGAAGAAAAGGAAGGCCAAGAGCUUAUGCAACAAUCAGGGACAGAAAGGAGACGGUUGUAUGCCAGACGGGAACACGACAGGCCACGGUGCACAAUCAUCACACACUUGCCGAACCAAAGAAAUCUUCUCCUCCUUAUGCGGCGAUACGUUUGCCAACAUUGCACUACGGCUACCGUGGACUGUACGUCAGAAGGACCUCAGCCUUCACGAAAAUCCUCCAGAUGCGAGCAUCAGUCUUGCAGAACUUCUGGACGAUUCAGAGGUGACUUCAGACGAGGAGAAUUGUCUGACAGAAGAUGAAAUCCAGGCGUUUCUAGAAAGAAACCAGUCUUUCUACAACAACCGCCACCAGUACCGACAGCUCCUGAAAGAGAAAUUCACCAACUACUGCCGCGCCACCGAGCGGAGUAAGCCAGUCUGUGGGAAGUGGUUCGCCACCACCAGUGUCAACUAACUGCACUAAUAACAUCUCCCCCCUGCACUCCUGGGGGAAAACACUCGUGACCACUGCUGCAACAUCUUUAAAAAAAAAAAAAAAGAAACAUGAUUCGGAAGUACAUUUGGUGUCUUGUUGAGUCAUUUAAAUGUGAUUCUUACUUUCUGUUGCUCUCUCUCUCUUUUGCACUCGUACACCGAAACACUUUUCCAUCUCAUUUCUCGGCCACUUUCUCACUUGUAAUCGUUCUCUUUGACCAAGCCUAGCUAUUUGUCGUUGGUCCUCGGUAGGGUAUUUGGGUAAGAACACAGUGGAAUCCGUAAUCAGGCUUUGCAAGCUGUGACCUUAGGGAUAAAUUUUAGGAGUCUUAUUUUAUGUAUUCUUUCUUUUUUUUAUGUUUCAUUUCUAUUUUUGUUUCUCUUUGGAGACACUUCAAUGUAGUGGUAAAGGCUGUACCAUUAAAUGUGUACAGAAAUUCUAAAUAUAAAGAUUUUACAGAGAAUAAACAUCCAUUUGUAAUAAGGAUUUGGGUGUGAUGUUAAGAGCGCAAUGUGCAAAAUUUA